AUGGACAAGAUUAAAUUUGACGGUUCUGAAGACGUUACACCAUAUUUAACGGAAGAAUACGGAUUCAGAAGGCAAAUGAAAUCAAUUCCAACACCCCCUGAUAGAGGGCCUUUCAUAAAAGAAGUUACUGGCCAUUAUUUAACCCUUUCCUGGAUUCCAACAAAGAGAAGUCCUCCAAGAUACCCUCAAGUUACAUAUGUUAUCGAAUUUCGUGAAUUGCCUGAUAAAGACUGGCAACUACUUGACUACAAUAUUCCAGAGCCUGUCUGCAAAGUUCGAAAUCUUGAACUGGGAAAAAGCUACCAGUUUCGUGUUCGUGCCGAGAAUAUUUAUGGAAUUAGCGAUCCAUCUCCCCCAUCACCCCCAUCGAGGCUAAUGGCAAGACCUCCACCAGUUUUAGACAAGUUCCGCCGAGUUAUACCUCUUCUUGACCCUUACAUGGAGCGAGCUUUAGAGCGAGCUUUAGAUACUUCUUUAAAAAAUUUUCAGCACCAAGGAGUGCAAGCAUAUUGUUCAGCAUGUGCUUGA